CAGUUUGAAGCAAGAGAGAAAGCCGGAGGGAAAAGCGCGAGCGGAGGAGCCCCGUAGACGCGGGCAAUGGGAUGGGAAUAUGGGAGCGGCCAAACCACGCAGCGGUUGAGCCGGUAGCCAAAGCAGCGCUCCUUCCCAGCAGGCCGAGGGGUUCUGACAAGGUGUGCUAUCUGAAGCCAUAUAUUUUCUUCAUCGUGGAGAAAAUAUGGUCCACCUUGCUGCCCCUUAAUGUGUGAGCCAUUUGGAGCUCACAGAUAGAUGCCCUCCUCUCCAGCCUUCCAGGUGGCCCCGUACUAGGCUUGGAGUAUUUGAAGUCCAGCAAGAGGUUUGAGGUCUACCUGUGAGGCUGUGGGAGAAAACGUACUCUGUAACUGAAAGGAAUAUCACCACCCGCUCUGAUUUCUGCGCGUAGGAGCUUCUGCCUGUUGCAAACAUGCCUAUUUUGAAGCAGCUGGUGACAAAUUCUGCGAACUCCAAACGCCGUUCUCGGGCCGAUCUGACAGCCGAGAUGAUCAGUGCCCCACUCGGCGAUUUCCGUCAUACCAUGCACGUGGGCCGAGCCGGUGACGCUUUUGGCGACACGUCUUUCCUCAACAGCAAGUCUGGCGAGGCUGAACAGGAGGUCACUGAGGAGGUGAGUUCCUCAUCCAAACCAGGCCUGCUAUCACGGAAGUUCCGCAGCAGCAAACGGUCUCAGUCUGUGACUCGUGGUGACCGGCGGGACAUGCUGGGCUCUCUGAGGGACUCGGCCAUUUUUGUGAAGAACGCGGUCUCCCUGCCUCAGCUUACUGAGAAGGAAGUGGACAGGAGUGGUGGGAAAAAGCUGCCCAAGAGCCUCUCCUCCAGCCCUGUCAAGAAAGCACCUGAGGAGAAGACCCUUGAAGAGAAGCACAUGAACGGUGCUGCUGCAGCCCUCGGCUCCGGGCCCCACAGCCCCAGCUUGGAAGAGAGGAACUUUGGUGACAUAACUGACUUGCCCUUGGUCAUCCCCAAGAGCAGUUACGGCAUGAAGCAUGCUGAGUCCAUCAUGUCUUUCCAUAUUGAUCUGGGGCCCUCCAUGUUGGGGGAUGUCUUGAGCAUCAUGGAUAAGGACCCAUGGGAGCAAGAGGAUUCUGGUUAUCAUGGUGCAGAGGACCCACGAAGGGGAGCUGGCCCUGUGGAGGCCUCACCAGCCCACUGGCCAGGCCAAGAAAGCAAACUUCCCCAGGAUUCCUUGGUUCAGUAUGACGACAACCGAGCAGCAACUUACAGUCCUGGCUCUGCCCGCAGUAUUACGAGCCGACUGACUAUGGACAGCAGUUCCAUCUCCAGCUGUGCAUCUAUGGGGGAAGAACAACGUAGCUUAGCCCCCAAAGGGCAGGGCCUUGGCAUGCCAGAGGACGCGAGGCAUGAACCUGCAAAACAGCCGGACAAGGAAUUCUCCUUCAUGGAUGAGGAAGACGAUGAGAUAAGAGUAUAAGCAAGGUGACUGAAGCGGUACGCUUCCUUUAUCUCAAGAAGGAAUCGCUGGCAACUGAUUCUGGGAUAAAUGGUGUCGCAGAAAAAGUUGUGUUAUGGUUUUGCCAACUUUCUCAGUCUUUGGUUUUCACCACCAUCAUCCCCUUAAACAGGCUGCUAGAGAAGUAGGAUCUCCCCCACCCCUGUUGGAGAGCAGUUGAGGGGGAUAAAGCUGGAAAAUCACAUUUAAGUGGCUUCUUAAUAAUUAAAAUACUUUAGGCAACUCCGGGAUCAUAUAGGAAUAAAGGACAUUGCUUAAGGACUGUUGUUCCCAGGAGAAUUCCAGAGUAAUGGAACUUUGGGGGUGUUUUUUUUUUUCAACAAGAGAUUUUGGUUAAUUUAUCUACUACUCGUUUAAAGCAAUAUAGAGCUGAAUACUAGAACAAAGCUCAAAAGCACUAGUUUCCCUAGUAAUAUAUAUUUUCAUUUUUACUAGUACUCAUAAGAUUUUUUUUUCUCCUAUUGAGAAGAGUACCAUUCUGGACCAGGCACAACAUUGAAGGAUAUUGUAUAUUUGUAGAGAGAAAAAACCUACAACCCUUUGAAAUAACCCAGUUCUCCAAAUCUACUUGUUCGGAUUCUAACAGUUAUCUCCCCGUGGGCAGGCCUCUGGGAAGAUCUACGAACUUUGGAGUCUGGGCUAGAACUUUCCUACUUUCUUCCUUUUCUUUUUUAAUUAGAGCUGACAGAACUCUUUGAAGAAUGCAUAUUGGGACAGGGGUGGGGUGGGGGGUGGAAAAUAGAAAACACCACUAUUACCUUUUGCAUUUUACAUCGGGACCCACUUUUGGUUUAUUGAGGGGUCACAGUAUGAUAAAGGUGCUAGUUCUUCUUGAUACAGUCUACUUAACCCUUCCCCUACACCUCAAAUGUGUCGCCCUUGUUGGUGGUAAUGUGGAUAUAUCUCUUUCAUAGUAGAAUAUUCUUGGAGACACUUUGCUUAUGUAAGGUUGCUUAGAAUUAACCCAGAGAGGUGAAUUGCAAGAGUAGAAGUCAGCCUAGAUGCUCCAUCAUUCAAGAGAAGUCAACAUCUUUCUCGGCCUACUCUGUCUCCAGGCUCUUCCUCCUGGUGUUAAGCGGACAGGUUGCCCUGAGAGAUGUUUGUGUUGCUAGGGCAACCAAUUGGGGGCUGUUGGGAGGAAUGUGGCUUCUUUGCAUGUCUACAGAUGUAAACUGAAAGUCCCAGAAGUAGACUAACCUGAUAUAGCUUCAUCCUUUCUUAGUUCAGACUCUAGAAUAUCAGCAAAGCUGACUAAAGCACAAAGAGCUUGGCACUCCCCAUUCCAGGAACAAUGGAGUGGAAGGCAUUGCUCAGUUCCUCCGCUUUGAAAUUGCUUUCAGGGCCUUCCCGUCCAGUAUAGUUGGGAGGUGCACCUGAUGUUCCUGUAGCCCUUUUUUUCCCCCUUUCUUUCUUUCUCUCUUUUCUUUGGCCUUGCUUCACAUUUUGCUGGGCGUUAAACACUAACUUUUGCCUUAUUUUUUUAAAAAAAUAUUUUAACUUUUUGUUCAGACUGUAUAUUAGAUCUUCCCACCCUUUUGGGAGUAGUCUGUCUCCCUCCCUUGGAUUGUGACUUUGUUGCGUGUGUACAGGUGUUUGUUCAGUGCAUCUGAUGGAGGACCUUUUAAAAAUGGAAGUAUGUUUUAAAAUGCGAAGAAAUUAAACUAUAGUGAAAAAAAUUCACCUUGAAUCUU